GGGAACAAUGGUUCAGUGUGUUCCAAAUUUGCUCAUUCGAUCCAUGCAUGAAUCCAGUAGGGAUCAAUGUCAGGAUGCCAUUUUGCUAUCGUUAGAAGAACAUGGUUGCCACUUGGAAAGUGAAAUUAUCAGAGUUCGUGAACAAGAAAAUAUCAAUGGCAUCAGCCUUUUUCUGGAGUUUCCUCCCUUUUAUGUUCAGUAGCAGUGAUAAAGGGUGGUCAGAGUACUUAUUGAGUUCUUUCCUACUCCAGAUUUGUGCGUCUGCUGUCUUGGUUCCAGAAUUCACCAACCUUCACCUUCAAGACAACUUUGAGAGGAAUUUUUUUGCUUAUUCAAUCUGCAUGUCCCUCCUUCCUGAAGGUUGUGUCAUCAAUGGAGUGACCUUCAAUUCCUGCUAACUUUAUUGGAGACACUGGCUCAUUCGUUAUGAUGCUAAAGUAUCCGAUUUUUAUGAAGAGGCAUUGAUAGGAAAGGUAAUAUUGGCACAAUUAAUAUUCAUCAUGUGUUGGAAAAAUUAAUGAAAACUUUCUGUGAUGGGAAGGUAAUGUUGAUAUUUCAAUAAAUACUUUCAUGUGUUGGAAAAAUUAAUUUCCACCAGUGAAGAACUCCAUCUUUCUGAUCCUUUUCUUGACAUUUUGGUUGCCUAAGGUUUUAUCAAAAUUAGAACUUGCAAUGUCUCAGCUUCCCAAUUAUCUUGUAAUCACCAGACCGCUGUAAUAUUCUUCAUUUACUAAGAUGUUAAUUAAUAGGGGAAUUUCAUUUCUGGAACUAAGGUUGUUGAUCUCACUCUUUUUAUAUCCUUGUAGUUCCCUCUCUUGCGCUUUAGUGAGAAGAAUUCGUUUACGAGAAAUGGGAAUAUCUACCAGCUUUCUCAGGUUCUGCUGAAGGCUAUUUAACGUUUGUCCUGGCAGGUUGGCAGACCGUAAAUGUGACCCAUUUGAAGUUUAGAUGGCCAGCUUCCCCCUACAGCUGUUGGAUUAUGUUUUCUGAUAGCCUUUUGCAUGGCUCUCCAGAAGCACGAUAAAGGAACUGAUAAUGAACAUCUCUGUUAAUCAGUAGGUGAAGACUUUUUUGAUCCUGACUUUCUGUUUACGUUUCUCCAUGAUUCCGAGAUUGUUUGUCUUAAAUCAAAAAUAAUACCAUGCUUCUGUUUUUGUAUUGUUGUGGCGUUUGAAUGCCUUAAAUAAAUAAUAGUACCAUGU